UGCUCCUACCAGAUAUGGCAGCCUCUGGAGCUAGUUUCUGGGAAGGAUCAGCCUCAGGUACCCGGCAUCUUCCGUUUGAGAGAGGAGGAAGGAAUCUGGUAUGUUGACCAAAUCAGAAGAGAACAGUACAUUCCAAAUAAAGAAUUUCUUAAUUCUGACCUCCUGGAAAAGAACAAAUAUCGAAAACUGUACUCUUUUACACUUAAGCCUAGAACAAUUGAAGACUUUGAGUCUGUGAAUACCUAUCUUCAGACGUCUCCCGUGUCUGUGUUCCCAAACAAAUCUAUUUGUUCUUUGCAGACACCAGAUGGGGUUUACUCUUUAGUAGGUUUCACUUUUGCGUCUCGAAAAUUCAAUUAUAAGGACAACAUGGAUUUUUUAGAGUUUAAAACCCUAAACGAGGAUGAAGUAGAAGAAGUACUGAAGAAUAUGUUCAAUAUAUCCCUGGAGGGGAAACUUGUACCCAAACAUGGUGAUCUUUAUUUUAGCAUCUAG